AGCCUGCGGGAUGUGACUCCGGCCGGACCCGGCGGGCAUGUGAUUGCCGGGGAUGGACUUCGAGAGCUUUGUGAGCAACGUGCGGAGCGUUUGGGACAAGCUGCAGGCGCUGGGGGCCACAUGUGGUGCGGCCGCCCCACGACAAGAGGAUGUGGCCCUCUCUCACAUCUUUGUGCUGCACCCGUUGGAUGCUGACCACCCUGAGGCGCUGCGCGCCACCAAGCGGGGCGCGCGGCUGCUGCACGAGGGCCGCACGGAGGAGUCCAUCCGCGAGCUGCACGACGCCCGGCAGCUGUCGCAGAGCCACGUGGCCUGCAGCAACUUGGGUUGCGCCUACCACGCCAAGAACGACGAUCGUGCCGCCCUGUACUGGUACCGCGAGGCCUACCGGUUGCAGCCUCAAGAUGAGACGGCGACCUGCGCCUUGGCACUCCUGGAGCAGCGUCGGGGCGAGGCGGAGGAGGCCCGGCGCUUGCUGGUGAGCUUCCUGCAGGUGGAUGCCUCCCACGUGGGGGCGCUGCGGCUGCUCGGGCGGCUACAUCAGCGUCAGUGCCAGUGGAGUCAGGCGGCGGGGUGCUUCCACCGGCUCAUCGAGGUGGACCCCACCAACGACGAGUGGCCCGCGCAGCUCCAGGUCUGCCUGGACCAGCUGGAGGCCAAGGACGGCCUGCAGGGCCACGCCUUCUCCUUCGACGCCACGGAGGCGCUGAGCCACGCCGCCGCCUGCCGGCGCCGAGGUGAUGCGCUGUCCGCGACCUCCACGACCUGCAGCUCCAUGACAGGCCCCGGGCAUUCCCGGAACUCCCCAGGCCGUGGUGGAGGCGGAGGACUCGGUGGCUUCCUCCCCAUCCAGGAGAGCUUCCACAGCAGUGCAGGGCAAGGUCUCGCAGAGGCGCAGCGCGCACGGCGGAUGGGCAACACGGACGACGCCGUGGACAUCUACCGUGGCCUCCUGUCCCGGGAGCCGCGGAACACCGAGGCGCUCAUGGGCUACGCAGACUGCCAGCAGGACCUGGGGAACUUGGACGAGGCCCUGUCGGCCAUGAAGCAGAUGCUCUCCACCAAGUCCGACGAUGUGGAGGCGAAUCUGCGCGUGGCGGAGCUGCUGCUGGAGCAAGGCAAGGACAGCGCGGUGGACAACUUCUUGCGCUUCGCCUCUCUGGGGAGGAGCCGCGUGGGCCCGGCGCUGCAGCAGCGCCUGCUGUGCGCAGAGGCGCAUUUGGCGCUGAACAAGGAGGACCACGUGAAGGCCCUGGCCACCGCCUCGGAGGCGGUGCGGGUGGACGCCUGCUCGGGCAAGGCCCUGCUGCUGCUGGCCAUGGCCAGGCACCGGGUGGCCGACUACUCGGCGGCCCUGCGCGCAGCCUCGGCGGCCCUAGAGGCGGCAGAGGAGAAGCGUCAGACCAAGCUGCAGGCUGAUGCGAAAGUGGUGGCCUCACAGGCGCACGAGCGGCUCCGCGAGUACCCGGAAGCCAUCGCCUGCGCGGAGCGGGCGCUGGCCUCGGGCGCCGGGGCGGAGGCGCGGGUGGCGCGGGCCGUGGCGCUGCAGCAGAGCGGCCGCGCCCGGGAGGCCGAGGAGGAGCUGAUGUCUGUGCUGCAGUCGCACCCGCAGCACGCACUGGCCCGGCUGCAGCUGGCGUACUGCCAGUUGCUGGGGGGCAACGCCAACCGCGCCGGGGCCAUCCUCGAGGGUCUGCUGGCCUCGCGUGCCUCGCUGCCCCGAAGCCUGCUCGGCUGUGCGAAGGUGUACCUGGCGCUCGCGCUGGCUGAGCAGCAGAGGACUCAGCGCGCCAGCAGCCUGGCGCAGGAGGCGCUCACCGCGCACCGGAACCUUCAGACGGCCUGGGACCCCGGGAGCUGUGGCGGGGAUCGGCAGGUCUGGCGGGAGAUCGAGUCGGGGCAGCAGAGCGGCACCGGGGCGCUGCAGCGGCUGCGGGGCAUCUGCGACCUGGACCUCACCGCCGCCCAGGCGAGGCAGCUGUUGCAGCUGCUCGCAGCCGCCGCAAACCGCCCAGAGCUCGCGCCGAAGAGGGAGGGCGGCUACGGCAGCGCCGCGUCGGUGCCCUCCACGCCGGCGCCCUCUACGCCAAGCGCCCGGGGACGCGGAGGCGCGACGCCGGCGAAUGCGACUCCCUGCGCAAGGUCCAGGGACCAGUCCCAGGACCGCGCCUUCACCAUCGGCUGGAAUGAGCUCAUCCGCCCGGAGCAGCUGAUGCUGGGCCCGCAGCUAGGCGCCGGCGGCUCCGCGCAGGUCUUCAAAGGCUCUUGGAACGGCCAGGAGGUGGCCGUGAAGCGCAUCUCCGGGCUCGCGCACUUGGAGGCCAUGAAGAAGGAGGUGGACGCCCUGCGCCGGCUGCGGCACCCCCGGCUGGUGCGGUUCAUCGGGGCCUGUGUGCAGCCCCCGCUGCUGCUGGUGGUCACGGAGUACAUGGCCGGGGGGUCGCUGCACGACCGGCUCUUCGGGUGCCGGAAGGCCCUGAGCUUGUCCUCCUCCCAGCGGUGGCUCAUCGCCUGCCAGACCGCGGAGGGCCUCGCCUUCCUACACGCGCAGCGGGUAGUGCACCGCGACCUGAAGUCCAUGAACAUCUUGCUGGACUCCGCGCAGAACGCCAAGAUCUGCGACUUCGGCUUGGCGCACCAGAUGUGCAUGGAGUCCACCCACAUCGCCCGGAAGCUGGACGGCGAGGGCGGCUCCCCGCGGUACAUGGCGCCCGAGUGCUACGACGCCAAGAUCGGGAAGCUCACGGAGAAGGUUGAUAUCUGGGCCGCCGGCUGCAUCCUCAUCGAGCUGUUCGGGGGUGUCCUGCCCUAUGCGGACUGCCUCACCAUGCCCCAGCUCACCGCGAGGAUUCUCGUGGAGAAGCGUCCCCCAGACGUGCCGCCGGGCACGCCGCCGCAGAUUGUGGCGCUCAUCGGGCGCUGCGUCAUGUUCGAUCCUUCCUGGCGAAUCACUGCCACAGAAUUGCAGUCGGAGCUCGCUAGGCUGCGCCGCUGAUUUGGAGGUCCAAAGCCGGCCUUCACUGUACGAGUCGAGUUCGAAUUCGGUGCACGUCCGGCGAUUCGGUGGUCGCAAACAAACCAGGACA